AAAUGUCCAAAGCUCGUUUUUGCACACAAUACUAGACCUUGCAGACAAAUAACAAUGCUUUUUAACCGCUGCCUAAAAAGGAAAGCCUUCCUGUGAUUCAAUGGUGGAAACCUUUUAAAAGGAAGCAACUGAGGCAGGACAGGAAAUGUCUCCAGCAGUCGUAGUUAGGCAAGAUGAAGAAGCGCAGUACGAGGAACCCACAUUUAAGGAGGUACUGACGUCACGCCAGGGGUUGAGGGGAAGUGGAACGAUAGACAGUUAAAGAAAGAGUGGAGCUAGGCUUGCUAGCUAAGCGCAGCCGGUGAUUCUUCGGCACAGCAGCUGCGGGACAGUCUACCUACAGGUGACAGGAUGGCCACCCAGAGGCAGGUUGUGGACCGGUUGCGGUCGGCGUUUCGUUCAGGCGUCACAAUGCCGGAGCAGUUUCGUAAAACUCAGCUGACCAUGCUGAUGUCCAUGAUCCAAGAUAAUGAGGAGCGGAUUUUAGAUGCACUGCACAAAGACCUCGCAAAGCCAAAAUUCGAGGCCGUUAUGUCUGAGAUUGAUAUAGUGAUCAAUGAGCUGCACUACGCCAACGCUAACCUCACAAGCUGGAUGCAGCCAGAGUAUGUCGGCACAAACCUUGCCACAAAGCUUGAUGACUGUUCUGUGCGGAGGGUACCAUUAGGAGUUGUGUUGAUCAUUGGGCCGUGGAACUAUCCCCUGCAACUCCUCGUCUUACCUUUGAUUGGAGCCAUCGCUGCAGGAAACUGUGCCGUCAUCAAGCCUUCAGAGGUCAGCGCCGCCACAGACCGUCUGAUAGCAGAGCUCAUCCCCAAAUAUUUGUCUCAGGAAUGUUAUGCGGUUAUUUCUGGAGGAGCAGAGGAGACCAAGGCACUUCUGCAGAAUCGCUUUGACCACAUCUUCUACACAGGUUCUCAGACUGUGGCCCGCAGCAUCCUGCGGGCAGCCUCAGACCACCUGACCCCCGUGACGUUGGAACUGGGCGGCAAGUGUCCGUGCUUGAUAUACGGCCGGGUGAACAUGGCCUCCGCCGCUCAGCGCUUGGUGUGGUCAAAGUAUUUUAACGCCGGCCAGAGCUGUGUGGCUCCAGACUAUGUGCUGUGCUCGAAGGCCACCCGGGACGCCCUGCUGCCCGCAAUGCGCCAGACCCUGGAGGACUUCUACACCAAGGACCCUCAGACCUGUCCUGACAUGUCCCGCAUCGUGUCAUCCCGACACUGGACGCAUCUGAUGGAACUGCUCGGCAAGUCCAAAGGAAAGGUUGUUGUGGGAGGAGAGGGCAACCAGCAGGACAAAUACAUAGCUCCCACAGUGGUGGUGGACGUGGCUGAAGACGACGCUCUGAUGGAGGAGGAGAUCUUCGGCCCCAUCCUGCCCAUCAUCACCGUCGAGUCGCUGCAGGAAGGCAUCGACUUUGUCAACCGCAAAGAGAAGCCGCUGGCCCUCUAUGUCUUCUCUGAAGAAUCCUCCUUGGUAAACACUGUGCUGGAGAAGACCAGCAGUGGAGGAUUCUGCUCCAAUGACGGGAUCAUCCACAUGGCCCUGCCAACCCUGCCCUUUGGGGGUGUAGGGGCCAGCGGUUGGGGCAGUUACCACGGGCGCUGGAGCUUCGAGACGUUCAGCCACCGGCGGGCCGUGAUGCUGCGCGGCUGGGCUUUGGAGAGACUCAACAGCCUGCGCUACCCCCCGUACACCGAGCAGAAACUGAGCUGGCUGCGCUGGACCACCUCGGCCAAGUCCAGCUGCUCACUCAUGUGAUGCCACUAAAUGUUGGAAUUACUUGAAUUGCUGGGUUUUUCUUGUAAAUGAUAUUGUGUGUGUUAAUGAAAAUUUUAAAAC